AUGGCUGGUUCCAUCUUAAGCUGCAUGGUUCUGUUGUCUUUAUUAUUAAUAGUGGCCUCGGCUAUUAAUUACGAUAAUGGUCCAAAACCAAACCAACAAGUACAUGAUGACGACGAUGAUGAUCAACACAAUGAAGAGCUUCUUCCAUUGGAAUCCGAAGAUAAAUCAGAGUCCUAUGAUCAUGUUCAUGAUCAUCAUCAUCACAUUAGUGACCAUAUCAAUAGUGUUGGUGUUCAGGGCCUCAUUUUGUGCAACUCAAACGAUGAAUACUCCCCACUAGUUGGAGGUUUGGCAAGGAUUACAUGCAUAGCAGAAGAUGAAAAUGGGUACGAGAGAGCUCCGUUCUCUAUGGUGAGCCAUAAAAGUAAUGAAAAGGGUUACUUCAUGGCAACAUUUUUAGUCUCGGAUGUACUUGGUUCUGAAGAUAAGUUGAAACUCAAAGAGUGCAAAGCUUUCCUUGAAGGUUGUCCCAUUGAGAUUGAGGCUGCUUGUAAAUUUGCUACUGAUGUUAACAAUGGAGUCAGUGGAGCUCUACUCUCUUCAUAUCGCUUCCUCCCUCAGAAGGAUAUGUCUUUGUACACUGUUGGACCUUUCGUCUAUACCUCUCAGCAACCUGAUGGCCAUUAUUAA